AUGUCCGACAUACAGCUUUACCUAGUCGAGGCCGACAAGAACAAGGACGAGGCUAGAAGGCUGGCCGCUCGCUCUGCGGAUGCUCUUGCCAAUGGAGACCUCAAGCUUGUCCAACUCAUCGAAAAUGCCGGCGAAUACAUCAAUCACGAGGAUCCCUCAAUGCGAAUCAAGUCGCUUUCCUACCUGGCUGAUGUUCUGGAACAAGUCGCACCCAAGGUCUUGAAAGGUCAACAGCGUAAUCUCCUAUGCGGCUUCAUUCUCACCAGAGUUGCCGAUGAUACAGAGGGUACAGGUCAUUGUGCCAGGGCACUGAUGGCUCUGGAGAAACUUGGUAAAUGGGACUCGGAAACAGCGGCCAACAUUGCAAAUACCUUCGUGAGUGAUUCCCAAACUCUACGGGAUCACAAGUUGCAAAGCGAGCGUUUCACAAUCCUUCAGCUUCUGGAUCUGUUGCUCAGGAACUACCGCAAAGCUCUCAAGGAUCUGCACAACGAUGACCAUGACUUCUUGGCCAGAUUCAUUACCUACUUUGAUGGCGAGAAGGACCCUAGGAACCUGAUGGUUGUCUUUUCUAUCCUCCAGGUGCCCAUGACUGAGUGGGAUCUCGGUCCGCAUGCCCAGGACCUUUUCGAUUCGGUCUUCAACUACUUCCCUAUCACAUUCAAGCCGCCUCCGGGCGAUCCGUAUGGUAUUACUGCGCAAGAUCUCAAGGGGCGUCUUCAAGAUUGCAUCUCGGCCUCGUCAGACUUUGCUCCGUACUCGUUCCCUGCACUGCUCGACAAACUUGAUUCUAGCUCUAUCAACACAAAGCGCGAUGUUCUAGCGGCUGUCAAGGGUUGCGUCAACAACUACGAGCCUACUACCAUUUCUUUGUACUCCGUCACUCUUUGGGACUCGCUCAAGUUUGAGAUCUUGAAUGUCGAGGAGGAAGACUUGGCACAGGAGGCACUUGCCAUUCUCGCUGCGAUCGCCAAUCAGCUGAGCAAAGUGCAAGAAGGUGCUCUCACUGCCUACCUCAAGCCUGUUAUCAAAGAGUGCAAUGAACACCUGGAAGACGCUCCCACCAAGCAAUCCCAGGCUGCUGGUCGCAUCAUCAACAGCAUUGCAAAGACUUCUCCCGAGCUUGCCAACACAAUGACCAAGGCUACCCUCCCUCAUUUGUUCGAGCUGUUCCAGUCAUCGGAGUCAAUCGCUAAACGUCGUGGUCUGAUCGAGGUCCUCAACUCGUUGAUCAGCGCGACAAAAGACGUCUCGGAUCAAUGGAUGAUCUACAACACCGAAGGCAUCCUCGUGGCAGAUCGUGCCGAUGAGAGUGCGUUGCGCGACUGGAGUGCAGAAGCUCUCGAAGCCAUGCUCAGAGCUGUUGUGAACGCUCCCAAGUCCGAAGUUUCUUUCCGUCUGUUUGCCAUCGCGGGUCUCAUCGGUAUGAUCAAGAUCCCAAAGUUGUUGGCCGAUAGCGAUGUUUCACGUAUCAUCGAAUCGUUCACAGACAUCAUCAUUCAAGAACGAUCUGCUACGAACUCAGAAGUUGAAGGAGCAGCUAUCAGUGGAUUGGCUGUGGCUGCUCACCACAGUCCGAUCGUUACGUCGGAGAAGGCUCUACCCACCUUCCUUGCCGAGUUGCCAGACAACCCUACCACGGGUACGGGGUACGAGAAGAUCCUCGAGGCAUUUACCAAGCUCAGCACAGAGACACAAGUCUUUGAUACGAUUGUGUUGCGCUUGAAGAACAAGCUUCAAGCUGCUCUGCAUCAACAAGCAAACAUCACCUACAUUCACGCGCUGUUGAUGGCCAUACUCUUCGCUUUCUCCAAUGGAUCUCCUGGCACCGAAGACGGCAUCAUCAAGUUCUCGUAUUUCUCAGACAUCGCGAAGCCACUUCUAGACCAAGCUCUGGGCCUCUCAGAAGGGACUUCUCGCUCUUUGAGCGAUCACACAAGCACAGACAUCAUUGGGCGUAUCAGCAACAUCAUACUCAAACCACAAACAAUGCAUCUGCAGAAUCAAGUACUGGCGGAGUAUGAGUCCGCAUUCAACUCUUUCGGAAAGGAUACAUCCGAUGCCUACUCCAAAGCUGCCGUCAUCGCUUCGCUACAUCUCAACGCUGCUUUCCAACGGGAGUCAAUGACUCCGGAGUCAGCCACCAACCUACUCGGUGCGCUGGCCCGUACCGCAAAUAGUCAAUCCACGUUGCCAGCCGUGCAGCUCUCCGCCCUUCGACAGACUGCCUUGGUAGUAAACAAAUUCAUACCACCGGCAGAUCUAGAGCAAGCCUUGGUCAACACUUCUACGGACGUAGCGUCUCUGCUCGGCCAGACUCGCUCCUCCGAGUCCAUCAUUCUAGCCUUCUCUGUCGUGAAGGGCUUGUUAAUCCAGGGCAAGAGCAACAAAUACACCACAGCUUAUCUUCAAAGCUUGUUGGAAUUAUUAUCGGAUACAACAUUUGGAAGCGUGGCAGCUCGUGGCUUCGUGACGAUCCUCGCACCUGACGACAUCUUGUCAAAAGAGAAUCACUGCUACGUUUCUGGCCUCUAUAAACAGAAAACGUUCAACCAGACAGUACCUGCCAUCUCCGCUUCCAGCAAAUCCGCUGACUCGGCCGUAAAGCCAAACUACCUGGUUGCAUUAUCUGGAAUACUCAGAUGGCUGCCCUACACGAUUAUUGAGAACUCUUUGUCAACGCUUGUGUUGCUGCUACUUCAAUCUCUCGAUCUGCAGGAUCAAACCCACCAGGAUGUCAAAUCUGCCACGUUGGUCUCGUUGGAGACUGUAAUCACGCAAAACGCAUCCGCACUCUUCGAGCACGCUUCUUCGUUGAUCUCGCGUUUGCUCGCAUGCACAGCGGCGCCAGACAACACACCGCAGGUUCGUAAGGCUGCUCUGCGUUGCUUGACGCUUCUCCCAACUCAGUUUAAACGGGAAGCGGUGGUGCCGUAUAGGAGACAAGUUGUUAAGCGCUUGAUGGGCUGUCUUGACGAUGGCAAGCGAGCUGUGCGCACGGAAGCGGUCCGUUGCAGGACUGCUUGGCUUGGCCUCGAUCAAGAGGAUUCGGACGAGGAGUAG